AUGGACGCGCCGAAUGAUCGCGAACGGGGGAAGCGGAAGGCUAUCGCCGGCGGCGACGCGGCGCCGUCGACGUCCGAGCCGUCGGUGACGCUGCCUCUGAAGACGGGGACGCUGCUGAAGUGCCGAUGGAAGGACGGGACGCUCCACCCCGCCGAGAUCAUCGAGCGCCGGCAGACGCCCUCCGGCGACCCCCACGACUACGAGUACUACGUCCACUACACCGAGUUUGAUAGGAGGCUUGAUCAAUGGGUUAACCUUGAACGGCUAGAUCUUAGUUCAGUGGACACUGAUGUGUUUGCAGAGGUAUCACAUCAUCUUACCACAAAGAUGAUGACACGGCACCAGAAAUGGAAGAUGGUUAACCGCCACCUUUUUCAUCAUCAUCAGGGCCAUGAGGGAUUUGAUGCUGCCAGUUUGCAGGAACACUGGGCCUUGACUAAAGUUAAAAAUAUAGAAACAAUAGAACUUGGAAGAUAUGAAAUUGCCACGUGGUAUUUCUCCCCUUUACCACCAGAGUACAAGAACUCUAAGAAAUUGUACUUUUGUGAAUUUUGCCUCAAUAUUUUAGAGACCAAAGAACAGCUUCAGAGGCAUAUGAGGAAAUGUGACCUGAAGUAUCCCCCAGGCAAUGAGAUCUACCGCAGUGGUGCCCUGUCUCUAUUUGAGGUUGAUGGCAUGAAGAACAAAGUUUACACAACAAAUCUCUGCAUUUUGGCAAAAUUUUUUCUUGAUCACAAGUUAAUGCCAUGUGAGGUUGCUUCAUUUUUAUUUCACAUUCUUUGCAAAUGCGAUGAUCGGGGUUGCCACAUGGUUGCAUAUUUUUCUAAGGAAAAAUACUCAGAAGAGUCCUACAAUUUGUCCUGCAUUCUCACCCUUCCCCCAUACCAGAACAAAGGUUAUGGGAAGUUUCUUAUUGCAUUUUCCUAUGAACUUUCAAAGAAGGAGGGCGUAGCGGGGACACCAGAGAGACCACUCUCUGAUCUGGGAUGGAGAAGCUACCAAUCGUACUGGACUAGGGUUCUUUUGAAUGCCCUGAAAGAGCACAAAAGUGAGAAUGAUAUCUCCAUCCAGGAACUCAGCAAAAUGACUGCCAUGAAAACUGAUGACAUUUUGAGAACACUACAGAGUCUGGACCUGGUACAAUACAAGAAAGGGAGGCAGGUCAUAUGUACAGACCCCAAGGUCCUUGAUCACCACCUGAAAGCUGCUGGCAGUCGAGGUCUCAAGGUUGAUGUUAGCAAAUUGAUUUGGCCUCCCCAUGUUGAUCUUAGCCAAUUGCAACCGCCUGGUUGGGGGUAAUGAGCUGUGUUCUGGUUGACAUCUCUGUUUUCUAGUUUUGAAGGGCAUCCUACAAUCUAGUGCAAGCUACAAAAUCAACUCUUGUUUGGUCAUACUUUGUGGUAUCGCAUUUCCUAAUAUAGCCAAAUAUAAUGGAAUAUUCUAAGAUGAGCAAUGCCAAAUGUGGGUCCAAAAGAAUUUUUCACAAACCAAGGGCCGGUGGCGGUCCUCACUGCAUAUUCAGACGUCACCUCAUGAUUCUUAAUGGAUUUUGAGAGGAUUAUGAUUCUUAUUGAUGGCCAUCGAGAGAGAUUGAUGCUGGAUUUUGAUUUUGAGAUUAUUUUCUGCUGGAGAUCUUGGUUGACAUUUACCAGUCAUCAGAUUGUGUCUGAGAGAAAUUAAUGUCUAUCUCAAUUUUGUUUGUCGGUCAUCAGAUUGUACAUGGAUUGUUACUGGUGAUGUUUUGAUUUUAGAGCUAGCUACUCAAGAGUUGUUUACCUUCUUGGUAGAAAAUCUCGGCAGACUGGUUGAAUGGAUGUUGGUGACCGGUGAAAUCUGAGCUUAUUCUUAAUUCCGUCCUACCUGAAAGCAGUGUUUAAGUGCUUCAUUUGCCUUCCAAGCUUUUCAUCAUUGAAUCUUCCAGUUCAGCAAACUUAAUGAUGCAUGGAAUCUUUUGUUCAAGUAGACAAUAAAUCCACCACUGUGAUUGGCUGUGUAGUAGGUCUUAUGCUGUCACUCUCAUCAUAAUUUCAUACAAGAGGCAUAUUCUGCAUGUUCAAAGGCACACAAUCAUGACUACGGUAUACAACUGUUUAUCAGUUUAUUCCCUAUUGGCGAAGAGAGAGAAUUAUAUUUAUGGGUGUGUUUUUCUUUGAUGGCAGCCCAAAUAACCCUAUCAAAGGGGUUUUUGAUUGUCAUGGGAUUCCAUUCUUGAGUUUUUAUUGGUAUAAGAAAUCUUGAAAAGGUUGAAAGAUGUUUUCACGGUCUUCGCACUGAAAUCUCUCAAAUUAAAAUAAUACACGGCAGCUAGUAUAACUGUAUGGAGCAAUUGAAGCACUAAUGAUGAUUAUAUCACACUAAUGAUGAUGAUUAUAUAAAGAACCCCUAGUUUUUGUCUUUUUUCUUUUUUUGUGUGUGUGUGUGUGUGUGGUAUUAUCACAGAAAAAGAAGAAGAUUUAUCUGAUUGCAGCUUCUGGUUGUUUUCAUAAA